AUGUCAGACACAGACAAUAAAAAGGCGGAAGCCUAUGACGCGACCGAAGAAGCGACUAAGGACGAGAAGCCCUUAGCAGUUCAGAUAACAAAGGAGUCAGAUGUUUCUAGCUUCUUAGAAGGAGAGCUCUACGAUGUCGAUGAGAGUAACAAGAGCUAUUUGGCCAAAUCAAAGAUACUUGCUGAUGCCAUAAACGAAAUUGGAUUCGGAAGGUACCAAUAUGGACUUUUCUUUGUGGCUGGAUUCGGUUGGCUAUCAGAUAAUGCCUGGCCCAUUGCUACGGGGUUAAUUCUUGGUAGAUUGAACGAAGUAGAUGGAGUGCAUGCUCCAAUCGGUAAAGCUCCCUACCUCACAUUGGCCCAGAACUUAGGUUUGCUUGCCGGCGCCCUUGUAUGGUCACUUUCCAGUGAUAUAAUUGGCAGAAGAUGGGCAUUCAACUUGACGUUCUUGAUCACCGGAAUCUUUGCUGUAGUAGCAGGAAGCUCUCCUACAUUCGCAGCCAUUGGAGUGUUUGAUGCGUUUUGGUCCUUUGGUGUUGGUGGUAAUUUGCCUGUCGAUUCUGCCAUCUUCUUGGAAGCAUUGCCCAAAUCCCACCAAUGGCUUUUGACGGUGAUGUCGCUGUGGUGGGCUCUCGGACAAAUAUUGGCCAAUUUGAUAUCCUGGGCUCUUAUUUCGAAUUUCUCCUGUGACGAUACUUCUGAUGUCUGUCACAAAAAGGACAACUGGGGCUGGAGAUACUUCUUAUUCACCAUGGGAGGCAUAACAUUGUUGAUGUUCAUCGCAAGAUUCGCUUUUAGAGUGUUCGAAUCUCCCAGAUUCUACCUAGCUAGGGGCGAUGACGUUAGAGCCAUUGAGACUAUAGAAAGAAUCGCUAAAAUCAACAGAAAAGAAUGUCCAAUCACGUUGGCAGAUUUACAGGCUAUAGACGAUUUACACCUUGAUGGAGAAGAUAUUGCCCCGGACGGGAAGAAGAAGAACCUUUUGAUUGAAGAAAAACUUUCCAAAUAUAAGUUCUCCCAUAUCCGUGAAUGUUUUGCUACAAGAAAGUUAGCCAUCUCAUCUUCAUUAGUCAUUUUCACCUGGGGUAUAAUUGGUCUUGCCUUCCCUUUGUAUAAUGCCUUUUUACCGUACUAUCUUGAAACCAGAGGUGAUGCAAACAAACCAUUGAGCGUACACGACACUUACAGAAACUCGUUGAUCGUCGCUGUGUUGGGUGUACCUGGGGCCCUUGUUGCUGGAGUCUUGGUUGAACUCAGAAUCGGAAGAAAAGGUACCUUGUUAGUCUCGUUGAUCUUGACCGGGGUAUUCUUGUUUGGCUCUACAACGGCCAAGACAAGCAAUGCCAAUUUGGGCUGGAACUGUGCUUUUUCAUUUGUUUCCAAUAUCAUGUACGGAGUCUUGUAUGCCUAUACGCCCGAAAUCUUUUUUACUAAGAUUAGAGGGACUGGUGUUGGAUUGGCAGCUUCUUUCAACAGAGUGCUUGGGGUGUUCGCUCCUAUCAUUGCCAUCUACGCAGACUUGACCACCUCUGCUCCUAUAUUUGUUAGUGGAGCGUUGUUCAUCUUUGCUGGGGUAUUGACAGUCUUUUUCCCUUACGAACCCAGGGGCCACUCUAGUUUCUAG